GAUAAUAGAGAUAUAAAAGAGCGCAUCUGAAAUUCUAAGCACAUUCGUGAUUCUUAACAUUAACAAGAUGAGAACUUGCCUCGUGUUUGCCCUGUGCGUGGCCGUCGCCUCUGCAGCAGCCAUCUCGGACUCCAAAAAUGCCGUCAUCGUCCGCUCAGACUUGGAGAACAUUGGUGUGGACGGUUACAAAUACGGAUACGAGACCAGUGAUGGCAAGUCAGCAAACGAAGAAGGACAGCUGAAGAACGUGGGAACCCAGGACGAGGCGAUGGAGGUACGCGGCCAGUUCUCCUACACCGGCGCCGACGGCCAGGUCUACACAGUCACCUACGUCGCCAAUGAGCUGGGCUUCCAGCCGCAGGGCGCCCAUCUUCCUAAGGCUGCUUAAACGAUAACAAAUUGACAUACAUUUUAUACAAAGAGUAGUUUACGGAUUAAAAAAAUACAUUAAGUCUA